ACUCCGCGAUGCUGCCUGCCCUCCUCACAGGCAGAGCAGACUCUGCCGCAGCGACUCAUCCUAUCGAUAAGGUUCAGUUAGCCAAGGUGGAGGAUGGGAAAAGAAUGGAACUGUCCCAGCUACUCAAUGAGAUCAGGGCAAACUAUGAAAAGAUCCUCACCAGAAAUCAGAUAGAGACGGUGCUCUCAACAAGGAUCCAGCUAGAAGAAGACAUAAGCAAAAAAAUGGACAAAGAUGAAGAGGCUUUGAAGGCAGCUCAAGCAGAACUCAAGGAAGCCCGACGCCAGUGGCACCACCUGCAAGUGGAAAUUGAAUCUCUCCAUGCUGUGGAAAGGGGCCUUGAAAACUCCCUACAUGCCAGCGAGCAGCAUUACCAGAUGCAGCUGCAAGACCUAGAGGCUGUGAUUGAAGGACUAGAAAAAGAGCUACAGGAAGUACGGCGCGGCAUUGAAAAGCAGCUUCAAGAGCAUGAGAUGCUUCUCAACACGAAGAUGAGGCUGGAACAAGAAAUCGCAACGUAUCGCCGCCUCCUGGAAAAAGAAGAAAUCAGAUAUUAUGGUUGUAUUCAAGGUGGGAAAAAAGACAAAAAGCCUACCACAAGUAGAGUUGGUUUUGUUUUACCAUCAGCCAUUAUAAAUGAAAUAUCUUUUACUACAAAAGUCCCACAAAAGUAUGAGAAUGAAAACACAGAAACAAUGACCAAACAGGCAGUCUUAAAUGGAAGUACUGUGAAGGAGAGCACUGAAACUCAUGGCACUAUUCAGACAGAGAAAGUGGAUGAAGUUAUUAAAGAAUGGGAAGGUUCUUUCUUUAAAGACAACCCUCGAUUGAGGAAAAAAUCUGUUUCUCUUCGAUUUGAUCUUCAUUUAGCAGCCACCGAUGAAGGGUGUUUACAGACUAAGCAGGAUAAUCUACCAGAUAUAGAAGUCAGGCUUAUCAUGAGACGAUCAUGCAGUAUUCCCUCUAUCAAACCUCCAUCGACAGCUGAUUAAUCCAAAGAUGUAUCUGACUUGAUUUGAAAAUGUUAGGAUGGUUCAAGGUGGGCCAUACCAACUCCCUUUAUCCCAAAAUGUAAGUUAUUAAGUAUGUAUGGAAAAGGUUAUGAUCAAUAUGUGGUUCUCUUCAGAAGAAAAAAACAGUAAAGGACAUUUCUCUGAAUCUAAUUAUGGAGAUAUACAUAUAUAUAUGAAUGAGGGGGUAGCUUAAAAAUAAAAUCACAAAUUCAGUACAGUCUAUUUCUUUUUAUUUUCCAAAUAGUCUUUUUUUUCCCUUGAAACUUCAUCAGAGACUGUAAGCAUUAAUCUGGUUUAGUAAAGUCUUUGUAAUUUUUUUUCAAUGGCUGACUACUCUAAGGAAAAAAGAAUUGUUUGAAUAAGAUUGUAUUAUGUUAAGAGUCACACUGAGUUAUUCAUCAUUAUUCCAUAACUAGUUAAACCUACAAUGUUUGUUCUAUUUUUCAAAAACAGCAAUUAUAAACAAGUUUUUUAAGGGGGACUCACUAUUCACUUAACAAGAAAUCUUCCUUUUUAGAUAAUCAUUUGUAUACUGAGAAAAAUAGGAAGAGUUAUUUUCCAUAAGAAAUUCUGAGCAAACUAUUGAACACACCCCAAGGCUAAUUUGAUGAUAUAAGUAAAAUUAAGUUAAUCUAUACAUAUCUAAAAGUUUUUUAAAUAAGUAUCUGAUUUCCAGAAGAUUUACUUUACUCAAAGAACUUUAAAGGUUGUAUCCCCUACCAAAAAAAGAAAAAAAUGGGAAGGCCAGCUGUACAAACAAAAUAUGAAAAGCAAAUUGAAAAGGCAGUUACUAUCGUUAUCAGAACAAUUACCCACCAUCCCAGUUUUUCCAUCUGUAAAGCCAAACGUGAUUAGUGUUUGCUCUCAGCCUCAGAUAAGAUACUAUAUAAAGUAUUAUAAAUAUUUCUUGCAAUCAUUUAUGUGAACUAAGAUAAUAGUAAUUGUUAUCUAAGCUAAGAGUGUUUGCAGGAUUUGUUUUUAAAUUGUUCAAACUGUAAUAAAUAUGGGUAGAAAAUAUAUUUGUGAAUAAGUGAGGUAUUGUUGCAAAGUUUUUUAAAUAACCUAAUUUGUUUAAUACAGGUAUAUUUAAAGAUCUUAAAUAAUAAAUACCUGUUUUAAGACAUUAGAAAUUUAUAAGCUCUUAAUUUUUUUCUAAGCAGAAAAAGUAGUUGAGUACAACUCACCAUACUUUUUCCCAGCUAAAGUAUCAUCUAAGGGCUACAGCUAUGUUUGCAUUUUAGUACAGCCUUUACAAUCUCUCUCUCUCUCUUUCCCCAUACACACACACACACAUAUAUAUAUACACACACACACACACACACAUACACAUAUAUAUACACACAUACAUACAUAUAUAUGUAUUUCAACCAGAAAAAUGUAUGUUUUAACCAGGAAAAUAUUAUGUUAUUUUAAUAUUUAACAUAAUACAGGGAUAAAAAUUUUUAAUUUUCUUUCAGUUACUUCAGAUUCCUUUUAGUCUGGCUUAUUCUGUUUAAUGAAAAGGGAUGAAUUUGUUUUGUCAAGGAUAUAACAGCAUGUUAAGUGCUUAUUCUUACAUAAGCAUCUGACCUAAAAUACAUCCUAUACAUAAAAGAAUGUUUCAUUCAAUAUUGCUAAAUGCUACUAGCUUUAUUAAAGUUUUAAAAAUGCAAUCAUAUAAGCUAUUGUACUAAAGUUACUGUACGAAGCAGCAGUGAUGAUAAUGAAGCAAUAUAUCUAGCAUCAUGUAUUUCAGUGUUAAAAAAAAAAACUUAGUACUGGGUGUCAUGAAUGUAACUGCUUGUUGUAGUGAUUUCAGUAUGUAUCUAUUGGGUGUAUAAUAUGUACACUUAAAAAUACAGUACUUGAAUUUA